UAUUCGCUGCCUCGCGCUGGGUCCGGGAGCGCCGCGGAGAGCACGGGGCCGUGGACAGGGCGCUGCGCUCGGAGCUACCCAAUGCUUGGACUAUCUGCCGCCGCCGCCGCUCGUGCAAUAUGCUGGAGCUCCAGAACAGCUAAACGGAGUCGCCACACCGUUGCCUGGGCUGGAUCGCAGCGCUGCCUUUCCUUAUGAAGAAGACACAAACUUGGAUUAUCACUUGCAUUUAUCUUCAACUGCUCCUAUUUAAUCCUCUUGUCAAAACUAAAGAGAUCUGCUGGAAUCCUGUGACAGAUAAUGUAAAAGACAUCACAAAACUGGUUGCAAAUCUUCCAAAAGACUAUAUGAUCACCCUCAACUAUGUCACCGAGAUGGACGUUUUGCCAAGCCAUUGCUGGUUACGUGAGAUGGUAAAACAAUUGUCAGUUAGCUUAACAAAUCUGCUGGACAAGUUUUCCAAUAUUUCUGAAGGCUUGAGUAAUUAUUCAAUUAUAGACAAACUUGGGAAAAUAGUGGACGAUCUCGUGGAAUGCAUGGAAGAAAACCCAGCUAAGGGUGUAAAAAAAUCGUCUAGGAGGCCAGAACCCAGGCUCUUUACACCAGAGGAAUUCUUUAGGAUUUUUAAUAGAUCCAUUGAUGCCUUUAAGGACUUUAUGGUGGCAUCUGAAACUAGUGACUGUGCAGUUUCUUCAACUCUGAGUCCUGAGAGAGAUUCCAGAGUCAGUGUCACAAAACCAUUUAUGUUACCCCCUGUUGCAGCCAGCUCCCUUAGGAAUGACAGCAGUAACAGUAAUAGCAAGGCUGACAAUUCCACUGGAGACUCUGAUCUACAAUGGGCAGCCAUGGCCUUGCCAGCAUUUUUCUCUCUUGUAAUUGGCUUUGCUUUUGGAGCUUUGUACUGGAAGAAGAAACAACCAAAUCUUACAAGAGCAGCUGAAAAUAUACAGAUUAAUGAAGAGGAUAAUGAGAUAAGUAUGUUGCAAGAAAAAGACAGAGAGUUUCAAGAAGUGUAACUGUGGCUUGUAUCAACACUGUUACCUUCAUACAUUGGCUGGUAACAGUUCAUGUUUGCUUCAUAAAUGAAGCAGCGUUAAGACAAAUUCCUAUUCUGUCUGAAGUGACAGACCUCAUCUUUAUCUGUUCUUGCUACCCAUGACAUUAUAUGGAUGAUUCUGAAAUUGGAACAGAGUGUUUUACUGUGAAACUGGCCUGAAAUUAAUCAUCUAUAAAGAAGAAUUUGCAAGGAGCAGGACUCUGUUUGAAGGACCUGGUGGGGGUGGGGGGUAUCCUCUGGUCUCUUCCAAGACUUGCAAGUCAUGAUGGGAGAAAAAACCCAUUUUCCCAGUACACACACACACACACACACACACACACACACACACACACACACACACACAUUUGCAUGGCUCCUGAAAUGUCUAAGUGCUGAAAAGCCACAAUGCUUUACACUUCAUUUACAGCCUGCAGCCUGUAGUUAGCCUGGUCUCUGCAAGUAGAUUUCAGCCUGCAUAGUGGGGGGAAUGACUUUUUUCUCAAAGGGAUCUAGAAAACAAUUUUUAAAUAAAAAACUCUAUAGCAUCAUGGGGUGGAGAGAAAUAAGAACUUGGUGUGGAGCUGGCAGAUCAGCUGUCUAGUUGCUGAUUAAGGAGAGGAGUUUGAUUUUGGAAUCGUCCUGGUGUAGACCAUGAACAGCCAUAUCUCACUAGAACAAGGAACAUGGCUAGUUGGUUUUACCCAGGCAGGGGAUACAGUACUGAAUUGGAAAUGUAAUGAUUUGAUAUAGGGAAGACUCUCAAAAGAGUCAUCUCAGGAUUGAGCUAUAAACACUGGCCAGCAGAAGAAUGUGCUCCAGGGACAUUUGGCUCCACUGGUGAAGUUGGCAUUUCUCCUUGACCACUUUAGAGUAUAUACAUCAUGUUUGCAAACCAUAAUAGGACAUCUUUAUAUUCUAGAACUAUUAUAGAGUUCAGGAAAUUGGACUUGAGAGAGAAUGCUGAAUCUAUGAAGGUCCCAAAUUUAAUUUCCAUCAUGGGAGAGAGUUAAAAAAAAAAGAUGAUAUUUAGUGUCUAAGGUUAGAAAACUGAACCCACAUGCUGUAAUGGGUGUUGGAAACUAGGUUACUUGGAUUUUUAUAAGAAUGCAAAGAAUCAGGAGACUUUAGUUAUUUAUAGUAUAACCACCAGUAUCUGUUUAAAGGAACCAUUUAUUUAAAACAAAAUCAGGCAGUCUAUAUUCAUUAAGGUUUAUGAAUUAAAAAUGAAAAGAGAGCUUUAUGUAGUUAUGCAUGUCCGUUUGCUAUCUAAAAUGUGUGACAGCAUUUGCCAUAUUGAGUCAAUUUGACAGGAAUUUCUAAGAUGGACAUCAUGCUUUUAAGCUAGACUCUAUAAGACCGGAGGUGAAUUCCCCAUACCAUUUUUUAUAAUCAAAUGAACACCUAGCCAGUCAAAGAACAACUUUUCUUUGCUUCUCACUUUGAAAGCAUUUUGACCAUGUCAUGAACAAAUAUAUAAAAUAAUCUAAAACUUUUCAUUUUGACUUCAUCCUGAGACAUCAUUAACCAUGCACUCUACCUAUAAGACAUUUUUCAGUGUACUUUUUCAAAUAUGGCAUGAAAACUGUUACCUUUUUGUUGAUUAAAAAAAAAAUCCAAGAAGUUCUAGUAUAGUUGGAUUUUAGUUUAUAUUCAAAGCUAAUCCAAGUACACCUCCCAUAUGUGGCCUUUGCUCUUUUUAUACCAAAGAGAGCAGAUGUGAUUUCUAUGGUCCUUUUCCUCUCUAAAGUGCUGUGGUUCCUCAGGCAUCAACAUUUUCUCUAAGAUACAGUCCUGGGCAGAGAGGAGCUUUAUCAACGUGUUCAAACUCUCAAACACAUCAUGAUUUUUAAUAAAAUUAAGCGAUCAUUUUAAUUUCUGAAAGGACCUAUCUGAGUGUGUGGCAAUGCUUGUAUGGAAGAACAUAGGCAUAGGUUAACAUGAGUCAUAUGUGUAAGUGUGUAGAGAUUAUGAAUAUUAAUACUUCUUGAUUUAUUUAUGCAGUGGUUUCAAUUUGUUAAGGCCUAUGAAAAGGCUAUUUACUGAACUUGGAAGUACAGUAAAUACCCUAUUGUUCUCAGAGUUGUGUUUUAACACUCAAGGACUUGGUCUUAAUAGCACUAAGUAACAAAUUAAACAGGUUAUAAAAUUUGACACAGUAGGAAAGGGAGAUGUGUUCUGCCUAUUAAGUAUGUUAGUUCAUUGGGAGUUACAUGGUUUGCUAGGUUUUUUUUUUCUUGUGUGUGUAUGUGUGUGUGUGUGUGUGUGUGUGUGUGUGUGUGUUUGAGACAUGAAGCUUCAAUAAAGUAUAUGAACAAUAGAAAAAUGCUGAACAUUUCUUUGGACACUAGCUGCUUCGAGAGUAACUAUGUCAUAUCCAUUUCCAGACUGAAAAAUAUGUAUCUGCUUAUUUUAAUUCGUUAUGUGUUUAUAGUAUCUUUUUACAUCAAUUAAGGGAUGAUAAACCAUGAAAUAACCUUUUAAAUUGAUGCUAUAUAUCUGGUUGUUCUCUUUUGUAAUGUUUCAAAAUUGCCUUUUAAUUAAAAUGAACUCAGAAGUCUGAAGAUUCUAAAUUAUAUUGAAAACUUUGUACCUCUUUGGUAGAAACAAAGUUCAUCACAAAACUAGCUCUGUGAUUAAUAAUAGGGACUACCCAGUGGCAUUGAAGAAGUUCUGGGUAUUUUAUUAUAACUGAAUGGGUCUGACACACUGCCAUUUUUAAGGAGUCAUAUAUAAUUUGAUUUUUUCAGUAAGAUAAUGGCACAAGUAACCUAUACACAUAAAAAAGACUACACACAUGAAAAUUAUUAAUAUGAAAAAGUUUGUGUCCAUAGUGAAGUACUUGCUUUUGGUAGGAACUAAAACAAAUUUCCAGUGAGCAUUAGCAUACUUUUGAGACACUCUGUUGAGUAGUACAUAAACAGAAAGUCCUUUCUGAAUUUCCGGCUAUUUCCCAAUGUGUUUCUGCAGUUGACUUUGAUUUCAAGGUUUAAUCUUGUUAUGAAUCUUCUAGACAUUCUUUACCUAUUGCUUUCAGAAACAUAUUCUUUCAAAAGGCAAUUUAGCUUAGUGGGAUGGAUGCUGAGCAAGACUACUAGCAAAACCUAGAAGAAUCUACACUGCCAACAUCUGACAAAUGACACCCUCUCCCGCAAGUCCCACCUUGGAUCUCAAUUUUAUAUUCACGUGUGUAGCAAUUCAGGGGGUCACUCCUUAGAGAUGAGCCCUUGUUGCUAUGUGACUGACAAAUAGAUAAAAUAGACUCGAAAUUGCCCCAUACAAAGCAUCCAACUUUGAUCUCUGCAUAAACAACUUGACCAUAAAAAAUCCUUGAUGUUUUGUUUCUAAUGUAAAUAGAGUCCAUUAGUAAAAGUGAAAUUUAGUCUCAAGUACAGUGAAUUGGACCAUUUGCACAAGAGAUGGCUUUUACCUCAGUUUAAAUAAAUGUUCGGGAUCACCUCUGAAGAAUAAAAACUAGUAGUGCAUUUUAGUCAGGAACCAAUGUCAUAAGCUGUGCAUGACAUUUGGAAAGGCACCAAAGUGGGGCAUGUAAAUGUUCUAAUUUUAUUGAACACUCAAAGCAGAAGAUAUGAGACACACAGUUUUCUAGUGCCAAAGGAUAGUUUAUGACCAAUUUAUGAAAGGGUAGUUCAUAAAUUACAGAUAAAAUUGGAAAAGGGGAGAAAGAAUUUUAAAGUAAGCCAACUUAUUUUUGAACAGAUUAAUAUUGUUGGAAAUAUUAUCACUUUUUGCAACUGGUUUCAACAUAUAUCCAUUUGGAUUAAAAUUUACUUAAGGAGUUUGCUCGCACAAUUCAUGGUGUUACUGCUUUCUGUUAACUAGUCUUGUGAUGCCUCUGUACAGGUAAAAUCAUGGUACUUUCAUGUCAUAACAAGAUGUUGUUUUAGAACUGAUCCAUUUGAAAAUGGACAUUCAUAAUCUUCAAAUGUUUCCCAAGCAUUGUUAAUGUGUAACUGCCAUUUCCAACUGCUUUCUUAUUAUGUUUCUGAAAAUAAAAUUAAGAUAACAGUUGUUUAAAACUAUGAACCAUAGUAUUUUCAUUCACUUGAUUUCCAAGCUACAAGACUUUUUCAAUAUAAUUUUUCAAUCAAAGUAGUCUAUUCUCCUAUAUUGUAAGGAUUAAUGUGUGAUUGUAAGGUCCACUUGCCACUGUUUUAUAAGUCAAUGGACUUGAAAAGUAUUUGACGUUUAGAUGGAUGCACAGAUAUACUGCUAGUUCAGUCAUAGAUUGGAGUUUGGAUAUUGUAAUGUAGAUGUAUGUCAACACUAUUCUAAAUAGUUUUAUUAUGACUGAAGUUUAAUUAAAUAAAAAGGUUGUAAAAUGUGAUGUGUAUGUGUAUAUACUGUAUGUGUACUUUUUAAAGUAGGUAUAUGUCCUGACCCUUUUUAUACAGGUUUGAAUUUGAAAUUACAUUAUAUAUACAUAUACUUUAUUGUUCUAAAUAAAGAAUUUUAUGCACUCUC